CGUCACAGCGGAGGAAGAGAAACACAUUCCUACGAGUUUUAAACGAGUCCGUAAACAGAGAAGAGCAAACAUGUUAUUUCAUCUGGACUCGGUCUACUGUAGGAUUCUAUUCAUCUGACUGAAUUUACACGACACGAGUCUCGAAAGAAGAGAAGAAUAAAGAAAGAAAAGAAAUAAAGCGGUUAUGGGGAUUAUUCUGGGCUUCUCAGCAAUGUUGCGGUUUUUAACUCCGCUUCUCCUCGGAAUGUUUUCACAGUCAGUGAGCAUGACAUCUGCUGUCGUCCAGGGAGGUUCAUUUCAUUGGGGUAGACACGGACGUUCUUACUGGCCGAUGCAGGGAACAGAACCGCUGUUGGUGCCGGUUCGAGCCCCAAGUGUACAUCUCAGCCAGGAGGAGAUCCAGAUGCUUCGCUUCAAACCGACCACAGGCUCUAUCCAGCUUUCAGAGGGGAAAGAAGUCAAAUUUAACUGCUCCAUUGACAUCAAAGUUGGCAGGCGGGAGCUGUAUAUUCUGUGGUUUAAGAACGGCAAGGAAAUCCCUGAUGGCAUGCAGACGGCAGUGUACACGCAGCACACCGUCACACUGUUGUCAACCAUAAGCCUUAAAAAUGUCCAGAGAGAUGACGCCGGAGAAUAUCACUGCAGGCUCAGUGUCAGUAACAAGAUCAUCGAGUCGAAUCCCAUCAUUCUUGAGAUACAAGGUCUGCCGACUUUCACGAUACAGCCGAGUAAUGUGAACGCCACGAGAAACACUUCCUUCACGCUCACCUGUGAGGCGGUCGGUCCUCCGAACCCUGUGAUCAUCAAGUGGCUUAAAAACGGCAAGACAUACGCAGAAUUCAACGAAUCAUUCAGCACCAUCACUAUUGAAGGUGUCGAUGCUCCCACGCAGUACAGCUGUGAAGCUCAUAAUGAAAAAGGUCUGACGGUUUCCAGAGAGGCUCACGUCAAUAUCAAAGUCCUUCCUGACAGAGUGUCAAAGGUCACCGUAGUAAAACGUGAGGCAAACAAACUCUUGUUGAGCUGGACGCCGGGACAUGAUGGCUUCUCUCCGCUCAGCACCUGCAGCAUCACGGUUCGAGAGCUCGAGUUGGGAAACCCCACUGGCGCUCACAGCAUUGCCGUUCCUCCGUUCCAGUAUGAAGUCAACAAACUCAAGGCCAUGACCUGGUACAACAUGAGCGUGUCCUGCACCAACGAGAUCGGAUCCUCCCCGCCCAGCGCCUGGGUCCAAAGCAACACCACAGAGGGGUUCCCGUCAGAGGCCCCACAAAAUUUGACUGUUCAAGUGAACAAUUCCAUGUUGAUGAUUCGAUGGGAAGCUCCGCCCCCAGAAAAGCUGAAUGGCGUCUUGCAGGGAUAUGACAUCACCAUCAAACACGGGACGCAAACCAAUAAGAUCCACAGCAUGAGUACAGAAGCCACAGUUGCUCUGCAGGUGUUUAACAGCACAUACAGUGUGGAGGUCGUGGCUUGCACUCAGACCGGCUGCGGGACAAAAAAGUCACGCUUCUGGCUCUUCAUACCAGAAUUAGAAUCUCCUAAUUCUCCGUCUUCCACUCCGGUUCCUAAUCGUCCAGACUCAGCGUACAUGGUUCUUGGAGUUGUGUGUGCCGUGUGUCUUCUGAUCAUCGUGAUGCUUGGGGUCCUGUGUUUACGUAAUGGAUCUUAUUUGAAGUCUUUGUUUGGAAUCGACGACAAACUUACUCCAGUUGUUGAGUACAGACCACAGAGAACCUAUAACCGCUCGGCCAUCGAAAUCACUCUGGCCAGUUUGGGCAUCAGCAGUGAACUUCAAGCCAAACUCCAGGAUGUGAUGAUCGUGGGGAAUCUGCUGUCCAUCGGAAAAGUCCUUGGAGAAGGUGAGUUUGGAUCUGUGGUGGAGGGUCAUCUGAGACAGCCGUGUGGUACCUCUGAAAAAGUUGCAGUGAAGACCAUGAAAUUGGAUAACUUCUCUCAGAGAGAGAUCGAAGAGUUUCUGAACGAAGCCGCUUGUAUGAAGGAUUUCAACCAUCCUAAUGUCAUCAGACUCUUGGGUGUUUGUUUGGAGGUUGGAUCAGGACACUUUCCUAAACCGAUGGUUGUGCUUCCCUUUAUGGAGCAUGGAGAUCUGCACAGCUUCAUGCUGCGGUCUCGCCUCGGAGAAAACGCUGUGUAUCUCCCCACACAGGUGCUGCUGAAGUUUAUGAUCGACAUCGCUUCGGGAAUGGAGUAUCUCAGCAACAGAAGCUUUCUGCACCGGGACCUAGCGGCACGCAACUGCAUGCUGCGUGACGACAUGAGCGUGUGUGUCGCAGACUUUGGCUUGUCAAAGAAAAUCUACAGCGGUGACUAUUACAGGCAGGGCCGGAUAGCAAAGAUGCCUGUCAAAUGGAUAGCGGUGGAAAGUCUGGCAGAUAGAGUCUUCACGGUCAAGAGCGAUGUGUGGGCGUUUGGAGUGACUAUGUGGGAAAUAUCUACUCGAGGCAUGACCCCGUACCCGGGAGUACAAAACCACGAGAUUUACGAUUAUCUCCUCGAAGGCAACCGACUGAAACAGCCAAACGACUGUCUCGAUGAACUGUAUGACAUCAUGUCCAGCUGCUGGAGCCCUGAGCCGGUGGACCGGCCCGACUUCACACAGGUCAGAGAGAGGCUGAAGAAUCUAGCGGGGAAGCUUCCAGCCGUAUCAAACAGUCGAGACAUCAUCUACAUCAACACCAGUUUCACUGAAGAUGAAUCGACGGAAAUGGUUGCGGAAGUUCCUUUGCUCUCUUCCUCUCCUUCCUGCAGCCGUCAAAUCACGGACACGUCAGUCGUGACGGCGGAUGUUCAUGAAAGCACGGGCGCUGAGGAAGACGACCGGUACGUUGUCGUCAUAUCCUCGGGAGAACACGCGGGAGCAGGUGCGGGCAGCUCUGUUGAUGCUCCUCAGUUGAAUCACGGACGCUCCGAGCGAGACAGUGGAGAAACAGUCAGAGACGUGACGGAGACGCAGCAAACAUCUAAUGACACAACACAUCUGCUUUGAAGAACCGUUUGGAACAUUUUGUGGAUUUGAAAUCCAUCGGGAAGUACCGUUUUUUUGGAGGAUCAAGUCAAAAUGAUGCGCUUGUGCAAUGGAUGCUUAUUCAAUGCAUGUAAACGGAGUCCAAAAGCUGUGAUACUGUGAUAAUAUCAGACCUGUGUUUUUAAGCAAUGAAAUUUGUCGUUUUUAUAAUAUAAUUUUCUUUUAAAUGUUUUAGAAGGAAUUUUAUUGUGAUUUUUAGCAGUUUGUUGUCAAAAAAAACGUACAUGCAUAGAAUACAAUUUGUAUAUUAGAAGUGCCUUUUGUAAAUAUUAAGGAUAGAUUUUUUGUAUAUUUUUUACAUUCGAUUGAACUGACAUGGUAACUCGGAAUCAGAUGAAGUAUUUUAAAAUACUGUACAAGAGCGAUGUUUUCAUUCAUGUGUGAUUAUAUUCUAUGCUUUCGUGUAAAGCUAUUACGAAGAAAGUGAUUAAAUACUGCUAACAAAAUGGUA